AGAUUCCCGAUCACCUGAUCACCCGAUCGAUCCUCCUGAUCGGUCCUGAUCGAUCGUCCCGGUCGACCCCCGGUCACCCCCACCGCAGCGGACCUCCUGAGCCCGGCCCCGGAGCCCUGGAUCCCGGUCCCGAGCAGCUGAGCCCAGAGCUGGAUGUAACGGCCGCUCCGCUCUGCAGGCCGCCAUCGCUCCUCUACCAUCUACCGUCUGCUCCCCGGGUCUUUACGGCUUCGGCAUGAGGAAAAAAGGUCGACAUCAGCGCCCGGUGGUGCUGAAGAGAGCGUCCUCGCCCAUCAAGCCGUCGCCCAACCGCGAGACGCUGACGUACGCGCAGGCUCAGCGGAUAGUGGAGCUGGAGGUGGACGGCCGCGUGCACCGGCUCAGCAUCUACGACAAGCUGGACGUCAUCACGGACGAUGACCCCACGGCUCAGGAGAUCAUGGAGUGCAACAGCAACAAGGAGAACAGCGAGAAGCCCCAGCAGGUCCUGGUGCGCUCCGUGCGUCUUAAAAACAGCCAGCAGAAGAAGAACGCGGCGCUGACAUCAUCGCACGGCGGCGGCAGCCACGGCGGCUCCGCCGGCCUGCUGGAAGCCAAGGUCAGAACAGUUGAAUAUAAUUUGCCGGUGGUGCCGCGGAGGCCGGUGACUUAUUACAAAUACACAGAGAGGACGGCGGAGGAGCUGGACGAGGAGGUGGAGUACGACAUGGACGAAGAGGACUACGCCUGGCUGGAACUCAUCAACGAGAAGAGGAAGAGCGAGGGCAUCAGCCAGGUGUCCAACCACCUGUUUGAGUUCCUCAUGGACCGCUUCGAGAAGGAGUCCUACUCAGCCACGCAGGGUCAGAGCGACCUGCAGUCCCUGGUGGACGAGGACGCCGUCUGCUGCAUCUGCAUGGACGGAGACGGGGCCGACAGCAACGUCAUCCUCUUCUGUGACUCGUGUAACAUCGCCGUGCACCAGGAGUGCUACGGCGUGCCGUACAUCCCCGAGGGUCAGUGGUUGUGCCGCCACUGCCUGCAGUGUCCGGCGCGGCCCGCAGAGUGCGUCUUCUGCCCCAACCGAGGCGGAGCGCUGAAGAAGACGGACGACGACCGCUGGGGUCACGUGGCGUGCGCUCUGUGGGUCCCCGAGGUCGGAUUCUCCGACACGGUUUUCAUCGAACCCAUCGACGGCGUCCGCAACAUCCCGCCGGCGCGCUGGAAGCUGACCUGCUACCUGUGUAAGGAGAAGGGCGCCGGAGCGUGCAUCCAGUGCGACAAGAUCAACUGUUACACCGCCUUCCACGUCAGCUGCGCCCAGAAGGCCGGCCUCUACAUGAAGAUGGAGCCCGUCAAAGAGCAGACGGCGUCCGGCACGACCUUCUCCGUGAAGAAGACGGCGUACUGCUGCAGCCACACACCCGAAGGCUGCGACCGCCGGCCGCUCAGCAUCUACGACGAGCCGCACCCCAAAAACGGAGCCUGCCACAAGAGGGCCGACAAGAGGGGGAAGUCCCGCGCCAAAGGCUGGCAGAAGAAGAAGAGUAAAAGAGCGGAACCAGAACCGGAACCGGAACCAGAGACCCUGACCAACUGUGGGCCCAGUAUCACCGCCUCAAG